AUGAUGUACAAGAAUAUGCCAGUAGAUCUUGUGCUUGUAAGGCAUGGACAGAGUGAAGGCAACUUAGCUCAAAGAUUAGCUAGGCAAGGUGAGUUACAUUCAUGGACUGGAGAGUUUCGCCGCAGACAUAACAGUCAAUACAGACUAACUGAUAGAGGAAGAGCUCAAGCAAGAAUAGCUGGGGAGUAUAUUAAAAACAAUAUUGGGUUUACUUUUGAUAAGUGCUUUACUUCAGAGUAUGUCAGGGCAAUGGAAACAGCAGCAAUGUUAGGCCUUCCAAAUGCAUUGUGGAAUACAGAUAUAUAUUUGAGAGAAAGAGAUAGAGGUGUAUUAGCAAACAAAACUCAACAAGAGAGGGCAUUAUUGCACCCUGAUGAAAUGGUUAGAAAGCAAAGAAAUGCAUUCUACUGGCAACCUUCAGGUGGUGAAUCUUUGGCUAAUUUAUGUCUUAGAAUUGAGAGAGUUCUUGACAAUUUGAGUCAGAAUUGUGGAGGAUUAAGGGUAAUCAUAGUUUGCCAUGGGGGAGUAAUUAAAAGCUUUAGAGCAUUACUUGAGAGUGAGAGGGGAGAUGUAAAUACUAAGAUGAAUAAAAUUAAUAAUUGCCAGAUUGUUUGGUAUACAAGAAGAGAUCCAGAAAGAGGUUCAAUAGCGAAUUCCUAUAAUUGGGUUAAAUCUGUGUGUCCAUGGGAUCUUUCUUUAUCAUCAAACUCUUGGAAACACAUCCACAGGCCAACAUUCACUAACGAAGAUUUAUUACAAAUUAUCCAUAAAGUUCCCCAGUUGGUAAAUGCUCCUGUGUUGGAUAUAAUGGAGGAUUCAGAUAACCAAAGCCCUAUAGAGUUUUCUCCAAGCCAAGAGAAAGGUACUACUGAUAUCAAGAAAAAUGAGACUCAACACAACGAAAAACUUUGUGAACAUAACUUUAAUACUUGUUUGGAAGAUUUGAAACAAAAUAUUUCUAAUAGUGACUACACUGAUGAAGAAAUAUUAGAUGAUUCAGAUGUACAAGACGAUCUCAUUGACUUUAACCCCCAAAUUUUUGUAAGCAAAUACUUUAAAGACUACAAUAUUCAGGACAAUAUAGACUAA